AUGCAGGACAGUCAUAAGUCCUUCCUCAUCAAAGACUUACUCGGAGAUGUUUUGAGACCAGGAGUUGGGAUACCAGGUAACGCAAAUGAUGGGGAAGAAUUAUCUUCAAACAGGUGCGAUUCCCCACUAGGGCAUAAUCCGGAGGAAUCCGAUAUAGAUGAUGAUAUAUCGGUCGGAGACAAUCGUUCAGAGACAUCUACUCCCAAAAAGAUUCAAGUUAAUUAUGACAAUGACAUCGAAAACUACAAGAGAAAAAAUGACAAUUGUACCAAAGGAGUUGAAUCAGAUCACGAACGAUCAACGCCAACAGAAUUUAAUUCGAACCGUAUAUCCAAUUCUGAAUUCUCUUCACCGUAUAAAGAGGAUGACCAUGAAUAUGAGAGACAAGAAGAGUCCAUGAAGUUGUAUGAGGGAUCCCUGUUUCAAUUAUAUAGACCGGAAAGAGAAGGGAACAAGGAGGGUGAGAGCGCAUUUGAAAUCGCUGGCUCUAUUUCGGACAGCAUCUACGGAAGAUCAAUGGACCUUACCAAAAACUCAUUUCAAUCACAGCUGCUCGCUGGUUUUGCUUCCGUUAUGGCGGGUAGUUCACAGAGGGAUUCACAGGAUCCAACAGAUCGUCAGUCCUCGGGUCGAAAUGGAAGUUCCUCGAACUCCGGUCGCAAGCCUCGUCGGCGUCGCACAGCAUUCACACACGCACAGUUGGCCUACUUGGAGCGCAAGUUUAGAUGUCAGAAAUACUUGAGCGUCGCUGACCGAGGGGACGUCGCUGAUGCUCUCAACCUCAGUGAAACACAAGUUAAAACGUGGUAUCAGAACAGAAGAACAAAAUGGAAGAGACAAAACCAGCUUCGUCUCGAGCAGCUUCGGGCGCAAGCGGCUAGCGGCGAACGCGAGCUGUCUGCGCACGCGCUGCCCCUAGCGUGCGCGUUGCUGCCGCCCUACCCCGCUUAUAUCCACUGUCACCUAUGAGCCAAACCGUGGAGCUAGCUUUAUUCAUACCCCUCACAAAUCAUAAGCAUUUGUAAGUUUUGUAAAUAAACAGUUUUUGUAUUGUCAGAAUAGAAAAUAGCCUAUAGGUUUUAAUGAUCGUGUACAUUUAUACUGUAUAAUAUUGUUAUAUUGUAAUUCAAUUUCUCUCAUACGUAGUGCUUAUUCAAAAACAUGGCGCUUGAUGUUCGGUGGCACCUUCUUAUGAAUUAUUUCAUAUUUAAAAAACGUGAAGCGAACGCGUCACUUAAUUACGUCACACCGAAAAUUAAGAAUAAUGAAAAUAUUACUUAUAUGUAGUUAUAAUUAGUAGGAUAUAGUAAAAAGUAUUUGAAUUAAAUUACAAAUAGGUGCAUUCGAUAUGGUAAAUUAGUGUUGUUAAAUAAAUUUAAACGUAUCCUCUAUUUUUAACAAAACCACCGACGUAAUAAUUUUGAACUCGGCUUCUAAAUCAUAAAAAUGAAUUUAGAUAUAUUCGA